AAUACAAAUAAAAAAAGAACAGAACCAAACUCAAGAGUUAUAAAAAUGGCGGGAAAAUCGUUAACUUUGUCGGGACUGGCGGCGGCGAUUAUUCUCGUUAUGCUUCUACUUUCACCGGAGAUCUGCACCGGACAUGACUAUCGCGACGCUCUCAAGAAGAGCAUCCUUUUCUUCGAAGGUCAACGCUCCGGCAAGCUGCCACCAGAUCAACGCCUCAAGUGGCGCCGUGACUCCGCAUUACGAGACGGUUCCUCCGCCGGCGUGGACUUGACCGGAGGCUACUACGACGCCGGAGACAACGUGAAGUUCGGUUUCCCGAUGGCCUUCACGACGACCAUGAUGUCAUGGAGCGUCAUAGACUUCGGGAAAACGAUGGGACCGGAGUUAGAAAACGCCGUGAAAGCGAUCAAAUGGGGAACGGACUACCUCCUCAAAGCGACUGCGAUUCCCAGCGUCGUGUUCGUACAAGUCGGAGACGCUUACUCCGACCACAACUGCUGGGAACGUCCUGAGGACAUGGACACGCUACGAACGGUUUACAAAGUCGACAAGGAUCAUCCUGGUUCUGAAGUCGCUGGCGAGACUGCCGCCGCUUUAGCCGCCGCGUCGAUCGUGUUUGCGAAACGCGAUCCAGCAUACUCCAAACGCCUGCUGGACCGUGCAGCAAGGGUGUUUGCGUUCGCUAAUAAGUACAGAGGAGCGUACAGUGAUAGUCUUCGCCAAGCAGUAUGUCCUUUUUACUGCAAUUUCAACGGUUACGAGGAUGAGUUGCUCUGGGGAGCGGCAUGGCUACACAAAGCUUCGAAGAAACGAGUAUAUAGAUUGUAUAUUGUGAAGAACAAAGAGAUUCUUAGAGCUGGAGAAACUAUUCACGAGUUUGGUUGGGAUAACAAACAUGCUGGGAUUAAUGUCUUAAUCUCCAAAAUGGUCUUAAUGGGAAAAGCAGAUUAUUUUCAGAGCUUUAAGCAAAACGCUGACGAGUUUAUCUGUUCUUUAUUGCCUGGGAUUUCUCACCCUCAAGUGGAAUACUCACUAGGAGGAUUACUAGUGAAAAGUGGAGGGAGUAACAUGCAGCAUGUAACAUCUUUGUCAUUUCUAUUAUUAACAUAUUCUAAUUACCUAAGUCACGCCAAGAAGGUGGUGCCUUGUGGCCAAUUCUCAGCUUCUCCAGCUCUUCUCCGUCAAGUAGCCAAGCGACAGGUGGACUACAUACUAGGAGAUAAUCCAAUGAAAAUGUCGUACAUGGUUGGGUAUGGUUCGAGGUUUCCACAGAGGAUUCACCAUCGUGGAAGCUCGGUUCCUUCGGUCGUGGAUCAUCCUGCUCGCAUAGGGUGCAAAGAAGGAUCUCGUUAUUUCCUCAGCCCGAACCCUAACCCUAACUUGUUAAUUGGCGCUGUCGUUGGUGGGCCUAAUGUCACUGACGAUUUUCCUGAUUCAAGGCCGUACUUUCAGCUGACUGAGCCCACGACUUACAUCAACGCACCUCUACUGGGCCUUCUUAGUUACUUUUCGGCCCAUGCUUAAUAUUCCCAAAGCAUAAUGAUGAAUAGUAGUCUGCUUGUCAAGAUUUUGUCUAGAGGUGUGCUGAUAACUCGUCACCACCCUAAACUACCAGAUGUUGAAUGUUUAUUAGUUUUCUACACCAAGAGAAUUCAGCCGAUAGGGGAAUUACUCACAAAACAUUAUUUUUACUAUACAUGUUUAUGUAGCACA